CAGUGUUCGGGAAGACGGAAGUGAGCGCGCUGGUGUUUGUGAGCCGAGCGGACAGCAGCAGCAGCAGCCGAGCGAGCGAUCACCUGGACACGCGGACACCUGCACCGCCGCCAUGCCCAACAUGGAGCAGCACCUGUUUAAUCUGAAGUUUGCGGCCAAAGAGCUGCAGCGCAGCUCCAAGAAAUGCGACAAGGAAGAGAAAGCGGAGAAGGCCAAAGUGAAAAAGGCCAUUCAGAAGGGUAACAUGGAGGUGGCCCGUAUCCAUGCAGAAAACGCCAUCCGACAGAAGAACCAAUCAGUGAACUUCCUCAGGAUGAGUGCCAGGGUGGACGCCGUGGCAGCCAGAGUUCAGACAGCAGUGACUAUGAACAAGGUCACAAAGUCCAUGGCAGGAGUGGUGAAGGGGAUGGAUGUCACUCUGAAGAGCAUGAACCUUGAGAAGAUCUCUGCUCUGAUGGACAAGUUUGAGAGACAGUUUGAAACACUUGAUGUUCAGACACAACAGAUGGAAGAUACCAUGAGCAGCACUACAACACUGACUACCCCACAGAACCAGGUGGACACUCUGAUGCAGGAGAUGGCAGAUGAGGCUGGGUUGGAUCUCAACAUGGAGCUUCCCCAGGGGCAGACAGGAACUGUAGCCAGCAGCGUGGCUUCCACAGAGCAGGAUGAGCUUUCUCAGAGACUGGCUAAACUCCGAGACCAGAUGUGAUUGAAUCCCUGCGUGUGUGUGGAUGUGUAAAAAGAGUUGAGUGAGGCAGUGCCUGUAUGUAGUCACAGUCUGAAGGCUUAAGUAUAUUCAUCUGCCAUUUCUGUGUCUUUGUGUUUUAAUGACUCUUGGGUCCUCUGUCCACACAAAGAUUUCUUUGCAAUAAAGUGCAGAGGAGAAAGGACUCUCUUCCGUUGGUGUCGUUUAGUUCAUCUGUAUCUGGACAAUCUCACCAGCAGGAUUCCUUUCAGUUUCCCAGUGCUACCCCUUCUCCCCGUUGUGAGGGUUGCUGGUGUUCUAGAUCUUUCCUGAUCCUCGCUGUGAGAUCGACUCCCAUCUCAGAUUUUUUGCAAAUGUUGGCUUCGGCGUUAACGUGGCCUGACCUCCCAUCGGCCAGAGUUCAGAGUUCACUCCUCUCUCACACACAUCUAGCCCGUCCAAAUCUCUUUCUGUGGACAGACACCGAGGCAUUAGAUGCACUUCUACCCAGAAGUCUUGGCAGACAAACAUGAUGAUAAUGUAUAUGGUUUCCUUUCUCAUACUGUCAUUUUGUAAUACUCUAUGUAAAGUCUUGAUUUAGAACUCCAUGUUGAUCAGAUUAAUGGGAGAAGAGCUAGUAGCCACAAAACAGAUUAAAAUUAUUUGAACAAUGCAAAUUAGUAGCUAAAUGGGUUGUUUCUUCAUUAAUAUAUUUUUCUUAGUAUUUCUUAGGUUCUGUUUGCUAGUGUUUUUGCUUGGGCUCUUUCCUGUGAUGUAUGAUUCCAAUUAAACUGUUAGUUUAAUAACUCAGAGUUGUGAGCUGUUGAAUUACCCAAACGUACCCAGACGUGUUGAACUGAGUGCUGGACGUUUGCUUCAAUCUACAGUGUGUUGCAUAAAAAAGGUUGUACUCGGCGGUUCUGGAGCGUGUCUGAACGUUCUAUGCUGCGGUUCCAGAGUGUGAAUGUUUUACCGGAGGUUCUGGAGCGUGUCUGUUCUACGUGGAGGUUUCAGAACAUGUCAGAACAUUCUACAUGGAGGUUCUGGAGUGUGUCUGAACUAGAACGUUCAGACACACUCCGGAACCUCCAUGUAGAAUGUCCCGGUCUACCAGUCUACCUGUCUGUUUUCCAUGUGUUACUCGAGUCAGAUGUUUUGUUGGGUUGUAUUAACUCCCUUUUCUUGGAAAGUAGCAGAGGUGCAAAAGUCACAUAUGGAAGCUUAAUGCCAAAUCUCAAUUAUUUAUUUUUCUCUGUUAUAUUACAUUAUCCAUACCAGAUAUUAUUAUAUUUCUGUUUUGCUUUCAUACUUGUUUGGGGGAGGUACUGUCUACUGAUAAAGAAUGAAAAUAAAUAUUUUAUGACUUUU